AUGGGAAACGCUUACGUUCCCGUUGAGUGUCACCCCACGUCCCUUCACUUCCAGAGAUCUGCGGCUCCCGCCCGGCGGCUGCUCAAGACCAAGGACUUGACCCAGCCGGGCCACCCACCACCCGCGCCAAGGCUGCAGCCGCGGGACAGCAGCGGGAGCCGCGCCAGCCCUGGCCCAGAAGGCGGGGUCUCGGGCCUGGGGGCGGAGACCAGCAGGGAAACGGCCGCCCCCCACUCCGGUACCGAGACAGGAGCGUCCGGGCGCGGGGACAGCCUGGAGCCGCGCCGUGGUCCUCCGGCCCGGGGGAGCAGCGACCUCGCCGCAGCGGGAGCGCGGGGGCCGCCGCCGGGGGCCCGAGCGAGGCGCGGCCCGAAGCUGGCGUCUGUGCGGGGGCCCCGCCGGGCCCGCCGGCUGCCCUCCCUGGGUCGCGUGGCCGUGGUGGUGGACCAAGGCUCGGGCUUCGUGAAGGCAGGCUUCGCCGGGGAGGCCCAGCCGCGCCUGGUGCUGAAGAGCGCCAGCCUGGUGCCCCGCGGGGACCGGCCCGCGCUGUCCCGGGAGGGCUGCGCGCUGGCGGACGGCGCGGUGCGCGCGCAUCCCAUUAAGCACGGCGUGGUGGUCAACUGGGAGGCGCUGGAGGGCCUGUGGGAGCGCCUGCUGCUGGGCGGCCUGCGGGUGCUGCCCGAGCAGUGGCCCGUGCUGGUGAGCAACUCCCCGACGGCGCCACCCUCGGGCCGCGAGCGGGUGGCCGAGCUGCUGUUCGAGGCCCUGGCGGUGCCCGCAUGCCACAUGGCCAGCACCGCCCUGCUGGCGCUCUGCUCCACCGGCGUGCUCUCCGGGCUGGCCGUGGAGGCGGGCGCCGGCGUGUGCCACGCCACGCCCGUCUAUGCCGGCCACUCCUGGCUCGAGGCCACCUUCAGGAUGAACGUGGCUGGCAGCGCCCUGUCGCGCUACCUGCGCGACCUGCUGGUGGCUGCGAGUCCUGAUCUGCCUUUGCGGGGUUUGUCCCGCAAAGCCAUCACCCAGCUCAAGAAGCACUGCUGCUAUGUCUCACAGGAUUUUGAACGUGACCUCCGGGACCCUGACCGCCAACACCCGGCCAGUUUCUGCUUAGCCAGCGGGUAUCCGGUCUGCCUCAGCAGCGAACGCUUCCGCUGCCCGGAACCCAUCUUCCAGCCGGGUUUGCUGGGCCAGUCUGGGCCAGGAUUGCCCACGCUGGCCUUCCAGGCCCUGCAGAAGGUGCCCACCACGCUGCGGGGGCGGCUGGCCAACACCGUGGUGCUGGCCGGGGGCUCCACACUCUUCCCUGGCUUCGCCGAGCGCCUGCAUAAAGAGCUGGAGGCCCAGUUCCAGCAGCACGGCGACCACACAGUGCAGCCACGCCUGGUGGCUGACCCUCGGCGAGGCACUGCUGUGUGGACAGGGGGCUCCAUGAUGGCCUCGUUGCACUCCUUCCAAUGCCACUGGAUGACUCGGGCCAUGUACCAGGAGUGCGGCUCCAGGCUGGUGCACGAAGUGUUCAACUGAGCGCAGACUGGUGAAGUGUGGGGUGGCAGGGCAGGGGGCCCCAGGCGGGCAGCAGCAGCCCAGCUGCAGCUCCAUCAGGCCAGGAGUGUGGAUAAAAGUCUCCAGUGACUGCAGCUGGCAUGAGUAUGUGGUCAUGAUGGUCCCCCCAUUGCCCUUUCUAGGGCCAGACGGUAGUUGGAACCUCCACUUUGUCCGACGUUUUAAUGACCCUCUCACUAGUGCCGGGUUGAAAAAUGCCACUUUAGCUCUCCACCCAGGACCCUGUUUCCAUGGCAACAAGACAGGCAAUGCCCCUCACUUGAAACCAGGCCACAUGUGUGGAAGUCCUUGUUAUAUACCAGCCCCGCAUCCCGCACCAACUGGACGCACUUUUCGGCUAGGCCCAAAGGACCACCCCUUCCUGGGGACAAAGCCAUAGUACAGCAUUUGCCUUGCAUGUGGCCUAUCCAAGCUUGAUUCUCUGGCAUCACAUGUGGUGCCCUAAGCUUGUCAGGAGUGAUCCCUGAGCACUGUUGGGUCCCCCCACCCCCAAAAGCCAACCCUAUCCCAAGUUCCUCUAUGCCACAUGAAAACCGCCGAAAGGGGAAGGAAACGUCCCUUCCUCAGCUGUGUGCUGUGCUGCUCACUGACAAGCCUAGGACCUCAGUUUCCCCUUUCGAGAGGCAUCAGGCAGUGCUCCUUCCCCUCCUCGUUAAGAGCAGUGGGCUAGAGCGAGGGCUCGAGCUCCGGGACAGACGAGCUCAGCCUGUGAGAGGCCCCGAGUUAGAUGCUGGCACCGCAAUCAGGCAAAUCAAAAACCCACUGUGGGGUUUUUGAAGUCGCCACCCAAAGGCCCCUGUGAGUGCACAGAUGUGGGAGCACCUGGGCCUGUCCUCCGCCUGCCCCAAAGCUGCACCCUGAUGCACAGGUGGGAGCACACCAUCCCCAGGCCGCCCCAGCUGGCUGCUGGCCUUGGUACUCCACAAACAGACCUGGCCAAUGACAGCGCCAGCAGGAGCAGCUUCCUGGAUUAAGCACCUACUGUGUGCCAGGCAGUUUCGAUGCUGAGGACAGUAAAAGACAAAAACCCCUACCUUUGUGCUUAUUUAAUGGAUACAACAAAUGGAUGAAGGUAGAUGCGCUUGUUAUCCCCAAUUUACAGAAGAGGAAACUGAGGCCCAGGUCAAGAUGAAAGGCCAGAAAGUAGGAGA